AUGGUCAGUCACCAUCUAGCAAUUCUAAUGGAAUCUGACAAGGUUGUCAUGCUGAACGCUGACACUGGCCGCAUUGUGAAGGACUCAGCGUCCAGGAAGCCCGUGGAGAAAAAAGGAAGUGCAUUGCCUGAGACGUCUGAUUCUGACUCGGGCGUCCGUUUUCACGCAUACGACGAUGCUGAAUCCUUUUACGGAUAUGUCCGUGGUGGCUACCAUCCAGUGGCUAUUGGCGAUCGACUGGGCGGUCAUUACAAAGUACUGAAUAAGCUUGGCCACGGCGGCUAUUCCACUGUCUGGCUUGCGCGAGAUGAGAGGUUCCAGCGGCUCGUUGCGGUCAAGGUCUGCGUGGCGGACAUGAGCCCGCGCGAGUCUGAGAUUCUAUCUCUGUUGAGAGAUUUGCCCGUGGCCAAUGGUGACGGUGCCAACAGCGUCUCGGGCCGCGGCAUGAUACAUACACUCCUCGACACAUUUCACGUAAUUGGCCCGCACGGCACCCACAUGUGUCUGGUCACUGAAGAAUGUCAUCUCUGGUCUGAAGAGGAGCUGUUGGAGCACUGUGGAGAGCCGGAACUAGAAAAGCUUCAAACAUUCGGCAACAAACCGAUUCCCCCGGGAGUCCCGCACGUCGUCACUAUGCCCAUCUGGUUUCCCAUGGAGAGAGUCAACAUGCUUCCACUGUCGGACGCGCGUAUCAAUCUUGCCGACUUUGGCGAGGCACACCGUCCUUUGCAAGAAUCGAAAUUCGUGUCCUGCGCGCCAGAGUAUUGUCGCCCACCAGAGGCUAGGUUCGAGCCAACGAAGCCAAAGUCGUUCUCAAGCGACAUCUGGACCCUCGCCUGCAGCGUCUGGGGCACUCUGGCCCGGACUCCCCUGUUCAGCAUGUACUGGCCUACUGAAGAUGCCGUGACGUCUCUGCAAGUCGAAGCGCUUGGAAAGUUGCCUGAUGAAUGGUGGGAGAAGUGGGACGCGCGCUCCAAUUACUUUACGGGAGAUGGCCAGCCUAUCCGAACCAAUAGCGAUCCUGUCCGUACACUUUGUUCGAGAUUUAGUGAUGCUAUGCAGGAAGGGCGUCUCAGACACAAAGAGACAAUGAGUAUCGAUGAGAGAAAGGCUCUGUUUGCCAUGUUGCAAUCGAUGCUAUUGUACAGGCCCGAGCAGCGAUGCACCAUCAAGGAGAUUCUAGACUCGGAAUGGAUGAUCAAGUAUGCGAUGCCCGACUACGAAAGGAUGUGUACAGGGGCCUCUGACACUGUGGGUGGAUGGAAGGGCACCAGCUCCAGGCUGGCGUUGAUCAGACCAGAGAUGAUCCCGACUGAGAGACGAAUAUCUCCGCCGGCCUUUUGA